AUAACUCCUCCUCCCCAAGCCAUCUUUUUAUUCGCAAAUUUAGAAUCCAAAAAAGUAAAUAAAUUGAAAAAAAAAAAAAAAUGGGGCAAAGCAUAUUGGAGGCGCUGAACGUCCGCGUGGUCGGCUCCGGCGACCGGAAUCUCGUUCUCGCCCACGGAUUCGGCACCGACCAGUCGGUGUGGCAGCGCAUUCUCCCCUACUUCGCCGCCGACCACCGCCUCAUCCUCUACGACCUCGUCUGCGCCGGCAGCGUCAACCCUGAUUACUUCGAUUUCCGCCGCUACACCUCUCUCGACGCCUUCGUCGACGACCUCCUCCACAUCCUCGACGCCCUGCGCAUCCACCGCUGCACCUACGUCGGCCACUCCAUCUCCGCCACCAUCGGAAUCCUCGCCUCCAUUCGCCGCCCUGACCUCUUCACCAAGCUCAUCCUCAUCGGCGCCUCUCCGAGAUUUCUGAACGACAAAAAUUACCACGGCGGAUUCGAGCAAGGCGAGAUCGAGGAGGUUUUCUCGGCGAUGGAGUCGAACUACGAGGCGUGGGUGCACGGAUUCGCUCCGCUGUCCGUCGGCGCCGACGUGCCGGAGGCGGUGCGGGAAUUCAGCCGGACGCUGUUCAAUAUGCGUCCGGACAUCACUCUAUUCGUUUCCCGAACAGUUUUCAACAGCGACCUCAGAGGAGUGCUCGGUCUCGUCAAAGUUCCUUGCUCCAUCAUUCAGACGGCGAAGGACGCCGCCGUGCCGGCGUCGGUCGCGUCGUACCUUAAGAACCACCUCGGAGGGCGGACCACGGUGCACAUGCUCGACAUAGAAGGUCAUCUCCCCCACCUCUCCGCCCCCAACCUUCUCGCACAAGAGCUCCGGCGAGCGCUUCCUCGAUGAGCACGACGGCUAUGGGGGACACGGCGACGGCGACGGCGACGGCGGAAAUCGGUAUUUUUGUUUUUUGUUUUUUUUUAAAAAGUAUAAUUUGGGACACGUGGCGGGCAGUUGUGGAGUGGUGUUUUGCAAAUGGGGACGGAAUAGAGAGGUUAAUUAAUUACGCGCGCGUGCGUGUCACGUGAUUAACUUGCAG